AUGGCUUCUUCAAAAUCCUGUUCUCUCAAAGCUCUUGUUGUCUUCAGGAACGUUUUAUAUCCAGACAAUUCUGCAAUGGCGGUGUUUUCAGACUACAAUGUUGGUGUUUUUCUUGAAUUUUGCAUUAUAAAGCUCAUUUUUGUUUGGUUGUUUUUUUAUGUUGUUCUCUCUGUUUUCUUUGUUGGGUAUGUGUGUUUUGCAGAGCUGAUCAGGAGUGUGCAUAUGUAUCAAUUGAAGAAGGGGGUGGUGGAUGAGCAAGUUGAGAGGGAGUAUGUUUUCAACAAGUACAGUGCUUAUGAGGAAACUGGGCUGUACAGAGUUCUUACAUUAGAGAAGUUUGAGCUUUCGAAACAGCAUGAAGGCAAAAUGAAUGGUGUUUGGCUCUGCAUUUAUGUGUUCGACGCCAAUUGUCAUUGCCCUCCCAAUUUGGAUCACGUUCCUUCUCUGAUUUCAAUUACCAAAAAUCCUAAGCUGGCAUCAAUUCCGACAUUGGCCAAUGACCUUGAAAUCAUUUUCCAGUUAGGCUGCGGAACAGAAAAUGGAGAACCAUCUCAAAUUACACCUGAUGUAAUUGAUGAACAGAGCAUUGGUGGUAGUUUUCAAUUUAGAAGCGCUCCCCAUAUGUUUCCUUUGGAUCUUAAUCUUCCUUAUCCAGAACCUGAAAAUGAAGAAAGUGACCAAGGUACAGCAGGUACUUUAGAGAAGAAGAAAAAGAGGGCAACACCCAGGGAUGUAGCUAGACUUAGUUUGGCAGAUAUUGUCAAGUACUUUGAUCUUCCAAUAAUUGAAGCUUCAAAAAAUUUGAAAGUUGGAGUCACAGCACUCAAGAAAAAGUGCAGAGAACUCGGGAUUCCUCGUUGGCCACAUAGGAAGAUCAAAUCCCUUGACACUCUCAUUCGUGAUCUCCAGGAAGAGUUUGUACACCAACAGCAGGAGGAUGAGGAUGCAGCCUUGUUAGUAGCAAAGACGCAAAGGAUGUUAGAAAGUGAAAAGGAAAGCAUAGAGAGGGAGCCCUGUAUGGAGAUACGAGGAGAGACCAAGAAAUUCAGGCAAGAUAUUUUCAAGAGAAGGCACAGAGCUAGAGCUCGCGAGAACCAUAUCCAAACGAUGUCCCUAUUCUAGAUCAUCAAUUGUUAAAUAUUACAAGAGCAAGGACUCAUCAAACGAAAACUGUAAGAACAUCGACUUCUUAUAAUGCUAGGGUUCUAAUGUUGAUUAUGGCCUUUUAAUAAUCUCUUCUAUGGUUUCUGAUUUUGAGAAGUUGGCAAAUAAUUGAUAUCAGUCCAUGGUGUCCAUAAGGUAUCUGUUUUUCAUCACCAC